AUGGAUGCGCCAACGACUGCAGCUGGUAACAAGCUCCAGCCUCAAAAUGCCACCUGGAGGAUGCUGUUGCUUUCUAUUUGGGUUUCUUUCGCAGCCUGGAUCUCAGCUUUCGACAGCGGUUAUGGAGGUAUUGUAUUGAUCAUGCCCUCCUUUCAAAAACGAUUCGGUCAUUGUGACCAGACGCCUCAUUCAAGUCCUGAAAAUGCUGAGAAAUGUACUCUCACCACAUUGCAACAAUCUCUCUUAAGCGUGAGCUUCCUCUUCACGGGCAUUGGCAGCGCGCUAGCUGGAAUUAAUGGAUCGAGCCUGGGCCGUAAAAGGACUAUCCAGGUGGCUUGUCUCUUCUGUAUCAUUGGAGCUGCCGGUAUGCUCGGAACCUCGGGCAAUUUCCUCCAAUACAUGGUAUGCAAGUGCAUCAACGGCGUCGGUAAUGGUCAGCUUCUAGCGGCAAGUAUUGUGUACGGCUCAGAGUGUGUCUCUGCAAAUAAGCGCGGCCUCUUGCUUGGAAUUUUCAACGUCGGACUUGCCAUGGGAAACGUCGCAGCAGCUGCGGUUUGUGCAGGCUCGGCAACGCUGGCACCGGACAAUGACUGGCAGUGGAAAGCACCUAUCGUCAGCCAGAUCCCAUUGAGCUUGCUCCUCGGGUGUGGCAUUCUCAUGUUUCCCGAGUCUCCGCGAUGGCUACUACUAAAAGGCAAAGAAUAUGAGGCUCGAAAGGCGUUUGCUACUUACCAGGGGCUCGGUUUGCAUUCGGCUGAGAUUACUGCACAAGUGGAAGAUGUUCAGCGAUCUCUUGAAUUUGAACAGUCGGUCGAUGCCAGCACAUCCUGGAUUGAAAUUUACCGUGGUUCUCAUCUUCGUCGAACAGCAGUUUCUUCGCUGAUCUUGAUCGGGCUUGCCAUUACGGGCAUCCAAUUCGUUGCACCAUAUGCAGCCCUCUUCUUCAGUGGGGUGGGAAUCAAGAAUCCCUUUUUGAUCAACGUCAUUGUUGGACUAUGCAUUUUUGGAGGUGCCUGCAUUGGCCCGAUGAUUCUCGAGUACGGCGGACGACGAUUCGCAAUGUUAUCUGGCUACAGUGUGAUGGCCAUAUGCAUGCUCAUCCUCUCUACGGUUAGCACUGCUCUCGGAUCAGAUGAUCCGGCUGCUCAGAAAGUUGUGAUUGCCUUUCUAUGCAUAUGGGCAUUUGUCUUCGGUGGAUUUAUCGGUCCUAGUGUCUGGCUGGCGUCUGCAGAGAUGCACAGCGUGCGACUCCGAACCUAUGGACAAGCGAAUACAACCUUGCUUUACGAGAUUUUCUCGUUCGCAGUCCAGUUUUGGACACCGUACAUGCUCAACGUGAAAUAUGGGAAUAUGGGGGUCAACGUUGGCUACUUUUACUUUGGACUGACGGUAGCUGUUCUGGUUCUCGUGUUCUUCUUUGUACCGGAAACAGCACGUUUGACCCUUGAGCAAAUCGAUGACUUCUUCCUUUCUGGCAAUAUGGCGUGGAAGACAUCGACAAGAAAAAAUAUUGCCAUUGCUCGGGGCAAUCCCUUGGGCUCAUCAAAUUCCACACUUGAAACAUUCAUGUUUGCAAAAGAAGCAGCCCACACUGAGGGUAUGGAAGUAUCGCUUAGAUGA